AUGCUUCAGUUCCUGCUCUUCACCUGCCUCUUCAUCACGGUAACACUUGGGUCACCAAUGGCCCUAGAUCCUUGUUCUGCUUACAUCAGUCUGAAUGAGCCGUGGAGGAACACUGACCACCAAUUUGAUGAAUCUCAAGGUUCCCCUCUGUGUGACAACAAUGUGGAUGGGGAGUGGUACCGCUUCACAGGCAUGGCAGGGGAUGCCAUGCCCACCUUCUGCAUACCAGAAAACCACUGCGGAACCCAUGCACCUGUCUGGCUCAAUGGCAGCCACCCUCUAGAAGGUGAUGGCAUUGUGCAACGCCAGGCCUGUGCAAGCUUCAGUGGGAACUGCUGCCUCUGGAACACCACGGUGGAGGUCAAGGCUUGCCCUGGAGGCUACUAUGUGUAUCGUCUGGCCAAGCCCAGCGUCUGCUUUCACGUCUACUGUGGUCAUUUUUAUGACAUCUGUGAUGAGGACUGCCACGGCAGCUGCCUGGAUACCAGUGGGUGCACGUGCUCUCCAGGAACCGUGCUAGGCCCCGACAGACAGACCUGCUUUGAUGAAAAUGAAUGUGAACAAAACAAUGGUGGCUGCAGUGAGAUCUGUGUAAACCUCAAAAAUUCAUAUCGCUGUGAGUGUGGGGUUGGCCGUGUGCUAAGAAGUGAUGGCAAGACAUGUGAAGACAUCGAAGGAUGCCACAAUAACAAUGGCGGCUGCAGCCAUUCUUGCCUUAUGUCUGAGAAGGGCUAUCAGUGUGAAUGUCCCCGGGGCUUGGUGCUGUCUGAGGAUAACCACACUUGUCAAGUCCCCGUGUUCUGCAAGUCGAACACCAUUGAAGUGAGCAUCCCCAGGGACCUGGUCGGUGGUCUGGAGCUCUUCCUAACCAACACCUCCUGCCGAGGCGUGUCCAAUGGCACCCACGUCAACAUCCUCUUCUCCCUCAAGACAUGUGGCACAGUGGUCGAUGUGGUGAACGACAAAAUCGUGGCUAGCAACCUUGUGACAGGUCUACCCAAGCAGACCCCAGGGAGCAGCGGCGACAUCAUCAUCCGAACCAGCAAACUGCUGAUCCCUGUGACGUGUGAGUUCCCGCGCCUGUACACCAUUUCCGAAGGCUACGUUCCCAACCUUCGCAACACCCCGCUGGAAAUCAUGAGCCGCAGUCACGGAAUCUUCCCUUUCACUCUGGAGAUCUUCAAGGACCAUGAGUUCGAAGAGCCUUACCGGGAAGCUCUGCCCACCCUCAAGCUGCGAGACUCCCUCUACUUUGGCAUUGAGCCCCUGGUGCACGUGAAUGGCUUAGAGAGUCUGGUGGAGAGCUGCUUUGCCACCCCUACGUCCAAGAUCGACGAGAUCCUGAAGUACUACCUCAUCCGGGAUGGCUGUGUUUCAGAUGACUCAGUAAAGCAGUACACAUCACGGGAUCACCUCGCAAAGCACUUCCAGGUCCCUGUCUUCAAGUUUGUGGGCAAAGACCACAAGGAAGUGUUCCUGCACUGCCGGGUCCUUGUCUGCGGGAUGCUGGACGAGCGUUCCCGCUGUGCCCAGGGCUGCCACCGGCGAAUGCGUCGUGAGGCAGUAGGAGGAGAGAAUGACAGUGGUCCACAGAGCCACAUACUGACAGGCGGCCCCAUCAGCAUCGACUGGGAGGGCUAG